CUCCCCAGAGGGCACGGGCCUGGAAGUGCCCUCGCCGGCCGGCCCGCAAGCCAAACUGGCUGCUCUUUGCGUGCUGAGAGGUGGGGGACCCUGGGCAGGAAGCUGGCUGAGCCCCAAGACCUCGGGGGCCAUGGGCGGGGAGCUGAUGGCUGGCCUGGGGGCCCUGCGGCGUCGCAAGCGCCUUCUGGAGCAGGAGAAGCUGCUGGCCGGCUGGGCGCUGGCGCUGGCCGCGCUGGGCAUCGCGCUCAUGGUGCUGCACGCCGAGAUGCUGUGGUUCGGGGGCUGCCCGUGGGCUUUCCACCUGCUCCUGGUUAAGUGCCUCAUCAGCCUGUCCACCGCGCUGCUGCUCGGCCUCAUCGUGGCCUUCCACGCCAAGGAGGUCCAGCUGUUCAUGACGGACAACGGCCUGCGGGAUUGGCGCGUGGCGCUGACGCGGCGGCAGGCGCUGCAGGUGCUGCUGGAGCUGGCGGUGUGCGGGCUGCACCCGGCGCCGGCGCGGGGCGCGGCGUGCGCGGCGGGCGCGGGCCCGUGGCGCGGCUUCCUGGGCCAGGGCGAGGCGCUGCUGUCGCUCGCCAUGCUGCUGCGGCUCUACCUGGUGCCGCGCGCCGUGCUGCUGCGCAGCGGGGUGCUGCUCAACGCCUCCUACCGCAGCAUCGGCGCGCUCAACCAGGUCCGCUUCCGACACUGGUUCGUGGCCAAGCUCUACAUGAACACGCACCCCGGCCGCCUGCUGCUCGGCCUCACGCUCGGCCUCUGGCUCACCACCGCCUGGGUGCUGUCGGUGGCCGAGAGGCAGGCUGUGAACGCCACGGGCCACCUCGCGGACACGCUGUGGCUCAUCCCCAUCACCUUCCUGACCAUCGGGUACGGCGACGUGGUGCCGGGCACCCUGUGGGGCAAGCUGGUGUGCCUCUGCACCGGCGUCAUGGGCGUGUGCUGCACGGCCCUGCUGGUGGCCGUGGUGGCUCGCAAGCUGGAGUUCAACAAGGCCGAGAAGCACGUGCACAACUUCAUGAUGGACAUUCACUACACCAAAGAGAUGAAAGAGUCGGCGGCCCGGCUGCUGCAGGAGGCGUGGAUGUAUUACAAACACACGCGCAGGAAGGACGCGCGCGCGGCCCGCAGGCACCAGCGCCGGCUGCUGGCCGCCAUCUACACGUUCCGCCAGGUGCGGCUGAAACACCGCAAACUCCGGGAACAGGUCAACUCCAUGGUGGACAUCUCCAAGAUGCACAUGAUCUUGUGUGACCUGCAGCUGGGGCUCAGCAGCUCGCAGCGGGCCCUGGAGAAGCGGAUGGACGCGCUGGCCGGGAAGCUGGACGCCCUGACCGAGCUGCUCACCGCUGCCCUGGGGCCUCAGCAGCCCCCAGAACCCAGUCAGGAGGCCACGUAGCUGGUGAGGGCAGGCCGCGACUCAGGCUGGGAGAGGCACUGGAGGAAACUGGGACACCCCCCCAUUCCCCAAGGCCUGGGCCUGGCUGGCCACAGCCAAAAGACAAAGGCCACCCCUUCCCAUGGGCAUCAGCUGUGGCAGGAGGGAAGGCCUGGCGUUCAGGGCUGGGCUGGCGGUGGAGGGGAGGACUCGCCGCACACGGGCUGCCCGGCUCCGGCCUGCAGAGCUGUGUCCCUCUGAUCUCCGUCCCCCUCUCCCCACGCAGCCCAGGGCUGGGUCCCAAUGUCCAACGGUGCCUGGCGCAGCCCCCCCUUCCCACCCACCAGCAAUCAGCCCACAAUGGCGCUGCCUCCUCCCGGGGGGGGGGCACAUCUGUGUGUCCAGGAGCUGGGCUCCAGUUCUGGGGUGAAGGACGCCCUUCCAGCUCCUCCUAAUCAGUCCCAGGGAUGAGGCGCCACUGGGUGCAAAGACCCUUGGGGGGGGCCCAGCUGCCAGGGCGACCCAGCCAAAGCGGGGGAGGCAAGGCCGCAAGGUCACCACGACCCCCAACACCCUCUUCUCAAACCUCACUGUGCUGCUAUUGAUGACCCCCAGCCUCCAGGUGGAAGUGGAGGAGCUGGGGGUCAGGGGUGAGCUCUUGGGCCCCCCACAAGGUGUCUGGAACCCCAUUAGCCCUGGAUCAGCAAACUGGAAGGAGCCGGUCCGGGAGGCGCGGGCAGCGCCCCCUGGUGGUCAUGCAGGAGGACGCCAUUCGUCCUCUGCCUUUCUACUUUGUUAAUAAAUAUUCAACACC